AUGGCUAAGAAAGCAACAAAAUCCCUCGCCGCCCGCAAUGCCGCAGCCCUGAACCGUACACACCUCAUCACCCUCGCCCUGCACGCCCUCUUCCUCACCCUAAACUUCCUCUUCAACCGUCCCAGCGCUCUCACCCGCUACUUCGUGUUAAGUCUUCCCGCUCUCGCAAUCGAAUUCUACCUCGAACGCCUGGGCCGCCCCCGCUACAGCCUACAAGAUGGAUCAUUGCAAUCCGCGGGCGAAGAUCUAGGCGCAAAGGGCUUGACGGAGUUUAUGUGGGAUGUAACCUAUUGGACGUGGGGAUGCAUAGGUGCUGCAUGUGUGUUUGGGGAUAGGGCUUGGUGGUUGUAUCUUGCCGUGCCGGCGUAUUCGGCUUAUUUGGCGUGGACGACUUUCUUUGGCAUGAAGAAGGGUUUGGCUGGGUUGAGUGGUGCGGGUGAGGAAGUGUCUGCUGUGGCUGGGGGUGCGAGUAAGAGGCAGCAGAAGUUGGAGAAGCGUGGUGGUCGUGUGCAGUACCGGUAG